AAACUGAAACUCAUGUUGUAAACGCGCACACACCUCGUACCCAGCCGCGCGCUCUCCACAUCUGCUGCAAAAUUUUCCGUUCUUGAAAGACCUAAAACCUAAAAAAUCAACCAAAUCUUUAUUUAACACCCACUUCUUUACAAAACCCAGAUUUUCUACUUGUCUCUUAAUUGCCGUACUCAUGGCUGAAGUUGAUCAAGGCUUUGGUGAACAUGAAAUGGAUCAUGGUGUGGACCUUUCUGCUGAUCACGGUGUUGGUCAUCCUGUAGACCAUGGCUUGGAAAGUGCCACUGAUCAUGGCUUGGAUAGUGCCACUGAUCAUGGCUUGGGUCAAUCUGUGGAUCAUGGUUUGGAUCAUGCCACAGAUCCUGGAUUGGCAGUAGAGCAUGUGGAUCCGUCUAUAGACCAUGAUGUGGAUCCGUCUAUAGACCAUGAUGUGGAUCACCCUGUAAACCAUGACAUAGACCAUGCUAUUGAUCAAGUGCCUGAGAAUUUUGAGGCUUCAAAGCAAGGACAAGAUGAGGAUACAGUCUCUGGAGGAGGUAGUGAGAAGAGGUGGCCUGGAUGGCCUGGAGAGAGUGUGUUUCGGAUGUUGGUUCCUGCACAAAAAGUUGGCAGUAUCAUUGGCCGUAAAGGGGAGUUUAUUAAAAAGAUAGUCGAAGAGACAAGAGCUCGCAUCAAGAUACUUGAUGGUCCUCCAGGGACGACAGAAAGAGCUGUAAUGGUAUCUGCCAAGGAGGAGCCUGAUUCUUCUCUUCCUCCUGCUAUGGAUGGCCUACUUAGGGUUCACAAACGCAUUAUUGAUGGUUUGGAGGGUGAUUCUUCUCAUGCUCCACCAAGCAGUGGAGCUAAGGUUUCGACAAGGCUGCUAGUACCAGCCUCACAAGCUGGAAGUUUGAUAGGAAAACAAGGGGGAACUGUUAAAUCCAUCCAAGAGGCAUCAGCUUGCAUAGUUAGAGUUCUUGGUGCAGAAGACCUUCCAGUUUUUUCUCUUCAAGAUGAUAGGGUGGUUGAAGUAUUAGGGGAAGCAGUUGGAGUGCACAAAGCAGUGGAGUUAAUUGCAUCUCAGCUCAGGAAGUUUUUAGUCGACCGAAGUAUAAUUCCAUUGUUUGAAAUGCAGAUGCAAAUGGCGAAUCCUCCAAUGGAACAGAUGCCACCACAUCAAUCAUGGGGUGGACCUCAAUCCCUUCCUCUGAAUCCUGUUGGAGGACCUGGUUAUGGCCAAAAUCCCCAAUAUAUGCAACCUCCGCGGCAACUCGACAAUUACUAUCCUCCAUCUGACAUGCCACCUCCAAUGGAAAAACAACCUCACCAGGGUAUAUCUGCAUAUGGUAGACAAACUCCCAUGGGUGGCCAUGCAUCAUCAAAUGCCCAAGCAGCACCAUCAAUGAUCACACAGAUUACACAACAAAUGCAAAUUCCAUUAUCUUAUGCUGAUGCUGUUAUUGGGACAGCUGGUGCAAGUAUAAGCUACAUUCGACGUGCUAGUGGGGCAACUGUUACUAUACAAGAAACUAGAGGUGUUCCCGAGGCAAUGACAGUUGAAAUCAGUGGAACUGCAUCUCAAGUCCAAACAGCUCAGCAGCUGAUACAGAAUUUCAUGGCUGAAGCUGGAGCACCAGCACAGCCUCAAACAGGUGGGCCUGCUGACCAGGGGUAUAAUCCUUAUUCUCACAGUUCAGUGUAUGCUUCUCCACCAUCCAAUCCAGAACACACAGGCCAUACAGGGGGUUAUAGCUCCAUGUAUGGUGCAAGCUUUGGGUACUAAGCAGCUCCUAGCCGGUUUGCUCAUGAUGAGACUUGUAAUGAUUGUGAACUUAGAUGAUAAAAUCAACAAAUAAUCUGUUAAGGCUGCUGUAGUUGUACUUUGCAUCUAUAGAUUAUUGGUUAGACAAAAUUACAUGUUAGAUCCAUUGUCUGCUUAGGCUUGACCAUGUGGUUGCCCGUACAAUGUUUUAUUUUUUGUGCAAUCUUAGCCAUGCUCAACUCUUCCACGAUGGCUUCGUUUGUGGACGAAAAUUUGUCACCAUUAGGGUACUUUUGCUUCCAGUAAUUCAACUUAAUGUUCUGCGUUUGUUCA